AUGUUGCCGAACCAAGAAAACUGGAAGUGGUGCUCCAAGUGCGCCGUCCUGUUUUAUACCGGCAACGCUCCCUGCCGCGCCAACAACGGCACCCACGACCUGUCCGGCAGCUCCAACUACUUUAUCCCUAUCAAUGAGAAUGCUCCCGGUCAGAAAGGCUGGCGGUGGUGCAAGAAGUGCCAGGUUUUGUCCUGGGUUGGCAACGAGAUUGGUUCUUGCCAGGCCGACGGCAAUCACGAUAUCUCUGAGAGCAGCGAAUACCACGUUCUGCUUGCCUCUGAUGAUGAUAAAGAAGGCUGGAAAGCUGAUAUGAAGCAGUACCGCAAGUGCCAGGGCCUGACCUAUAUGGAUGGAGAGAAGAAGGAGUGCGUGGGUGGCGGUCAUCAUGACUUCUCGGAGAGCGGCUGGUACGUCCUGUGCAGCAACGGCGAGCCACGCUCUCAGGCCGAGAUCGGCCACAACCAGUGGCACUGGUGCAAAGACCACCAGCUGCUCUGCCACGACGGCAACACAUCGUGCGCGGCCGGCGUGGUGCACAUUAGCGUGGGCAGCAGCAACUACAAGCUCAAGGUUGCGCUAAAGGGCCCGACUCCCAACAUUCAGACCGGCUGGCAUUAG